AUGAGGAAUAUAAAACCUGUAAAACUUCUUAAACCUGACACUGAUUCUGAGAAUAGUGGAAAAUCAAAAAAGCAGAAUAUUGAGAUGGGGAAUAUAAAACCUGUAAAACUUCUUAAACCUGACAUUGAUUCUGAGAAUAGUGAUGAAGACUAUACGGGUUUAGAGGAGCCACCUAUUCGCAGACAACUGCAAAAUAUCCUGAGGCAGUAUCCAGAUGGACCACAAAUCAUUAAGGAGUUGGUACAAAAUGCUGAAGAUGCCAAUGCAAGUGUUUUUAAAAUUAUGCUGUAUACAAAAAACACCAUGGAUGAAUGUGAAUUUGAUACCAAAUACAAAGACAUGCUGCAGGGACCUGCUUUGUGUGCUUUUAAUGACGCUGUUUUUACGGAGAAUGACUGGAAAGGCAUCAAACGCAUUUACACAAGUGUCAAAGAAACUGAUGUUUUGAAGAUAGGAAGAUUUGGGUUGGGAUUCAAGUCUGUUUUUCAUAUGACAGACACGCCUUUGAUUGUGAGUAGAGACCAGUUGCUAAUUAUUAAUCCCACGGAGCGACCACAUAGAAUUUGCCACAAUGUAACAUUAUCAAAUUUGACCACCAAAUACAGGAAAACGCUCUGGCCAGUGUUGAAUCAUAUUUUUAGACUGGAGAAAGAGGGCACUUUUGGAUUUGAUAUGUCUUCGCUGGAACAGGGUUUUUAUCAUGGUACUUUGUUUUGGUUUCCAUUGAGACGGUCCCCGUCUUUACUUCUGGAAAAGAUAUACCCACCAGAGAGAAUGAUAGAACUCAUCACCUCUUUUACCAAAGAGGCAGACAACAUUCUUCUGUUUCUUCAUAACGUAAACAAAAUUAUCAUCAUGGAAAAUGAGGGCCAAGUUUUGUAUGAAAAUACUAUUGAAAAGACCGAUGAAACAAGAAAAGAUUUGGUAGAAUUUUGGGAGUACUUAAAAAAUAUAUCAACUAACCAUGAAACAACAUACUUACAAAACUCCAAAGCUGUUACAUACAAUGCUCAAGUUGUCACUAACGACGUCAAAGAGGGACGACGGAAGACAUAUUUAUUUAAGAUCAUUCAUUACUUCCAAGGAAAAACAGAUAUGUCAUUAAAUCUGAUGAAACUGUCCAAACAAAAAGAAAAUAUUCCACUUGUUGGAGUUGCAUAUCCAAUGCAGUUUGAUAAGAGGUUUGUUGCACGUGUGUUUUGUUUCUUGCCUUUACCAUUUACCUCCAGCAGUCUUACCGACUUACCUGUGCAUGUGAAUGGAUUUUUUAAUCUUGACCCUUCAAGAGACCAUGUAAUGCAGGCCACAGAAGGUCAAGUUGGUGAAAAAGACAAAAACAUACAAUGGAAUGAACUACUGAUCCAGGAAGUGAUACCCAAAGCUUAUAUAAAGUUGAUCGAGGAUUUACUUACAAAGGGAACGAAGGCUGAAAUAAUAUAUAGGUGUUUACCUGAUAUAGAAAAAGUUCAUAGUGAUUUAUGGAAGCGUCUGCUGCCACCUGUACUCAGAAUGGCUGUCCAAAUGAAUAUCUUUCAAACCGAGAAGGCCCAAGAGACAUGGGUCAAUAUAGAGAGUGCUGUAUUCAAUGUGUUUGUUGAAGAAGAAAGAAUGGCUGACCAAGAAAUAAAGAACACAGUGAUUGGUCUAAUAAAAGAUUACAAUGAAAACUUAGUUAUGCUACCAGAACAUUUGAAAAUACUAAUAAUGUCAUGGCCCAAAUACAACAUCAUUCCAAGUGUUUGUCCAACGCUCAUCAACAGUGAAUAUAUAGCCAGUCUAAUGAACAAUGAUUCAUUGUACAGAACGAUGUCCAGAAAAAACAAAAUACAGCUUUUAGAUUAUUUUCUGACAUAUGCAGAGCUUGAAUCUUACAAGAAAUUGGAAUUGAUACCAACAAAUGAUGAAAGCUAUUUUCUGUCUUUAACAUCUGAUGAUCCAAUUUACUUGUGCUCGGAAGAAGAGGCGUUUUUAUUUCCAAAUCUAGAGAUACAACUGCUCUCUGAUUUAUCAGAUGAAAUGAAGAGAAGACUGUUAGAACUUCGUUGCGGGAAUAUAAAGAAUUGGUCUCCAGAACAUUUUGUACCACUACUGAGGCAAUCUACUGAUGUUGAAAAAUCUUUAAAGCUGGAUCUAGGGGCAAAGAAAAAAUGGAUUCAAAAAGCAUGGACCUUUUUAUCAGAGACAGAAAAUCAACAUUUGAUUGAACAAAUUGAAUUGUGUCCAGUUUUAUUAGCAAAAGAGGAUAUAAAAGCCGAUCCCAGCCUCCAUGUCUUAAAGAAAAACCACAUCCUUACCAAGACAAGUCAUCUGCAGCAGAGUCUAACAGAAGAGGUGAAAGAGGUGUUGAAAUGUUGUGGGGUAAAGCUAUUAGAGAAAACAUUUUUCCUUCCCGAUUUUGUUAUGGCAAAGUAUGUCGCACAGCCAACAGUGAAAGAUGUUUGCAUGGUUCUAGAGAAGACUUUCCGAGAAAACUCAUCGAACAUAAUCAAGUUCAAUAAUCUGCCAGAAAGCGUAAGAAAGGAGUUUGCUAUUUUUAUUGGAGAAUAUAGAUCUCACAAUGAUAAGAUGGCAGAGGACCUUAAAAAAUGGCUGAGGAAAUUAGAAUUGUUCCCACUGUCCAAUGUAUAUGUUUCUUCUAGCCUUUAUGCAGUUGAAAACGUUGCUGGUAUUGCACCACCUCAUAUGAAAAAAUUUCCAGUCAGAUAUAAUGAUUUAUUGCUUGAUAGGGAUUUUAAAGGCAUUUCUCUUGCACGUGAGUUGGGAUGUCAAUAUUUCCCGGAACAAACAUUGAUCAAAGAAACACUACAAAGUGUGAGAGACAACAAGUACGAAUCUAAUGAAGUAAUUUUGUUUAUGAAUUAUUUCAUGGACAAACUGAAUGAUGACACUCCUGCAGAACAGAUAGAAAUAGCUUCCAAAGUUCCGUUUAUUGAGAAUGGAGUUGGUGAAUUAAAAGCCCCUACAGACCUAUUUGAUCCCUCUAAAGGUAAACUGAAGGACCUCUUCUGUAAGGAAAACUCAUAUUUUCCAAAGGAAUGCAGCAAUUUAACCUUGGUCGGAAAGUUGCAGAAAUUAAAAAUCAAAUCUGAUGAAUGUAUAACCUUUCAGGAUUUGAUUAACACGGUGCAAUUCAUAGAAGAUACGAAUGAACAUUUGAAUGAUCUAGAACUAAAGAAAAAGGUACAAGCCAUUUUCAAUCACUUAAAAAAAUUAUCACAGAGUGCAAAAGCCAUGUUUGUCGAGGAAGUAAAAGGAAAACGAUGGAUACCAGUAAUGAAGGAGAAAUCCGAAUCGUAUCCAAAGUUAAUGAAAUGGAAGGGAAAAGAUGCCAGACUAUGUAAACCUCUUGAAGCAUGUUUACAAAAGUAUCACUUACUUGUAGGGUCAGUGUGUUAUGUGUCCAGGUAUGUUGACCAAGACGAACUCAACGAGUAUCUUGAAGAACUGCUAAAUCGACCAAAAACACAUUUUGUUUUUGAACAGUUGAAACAUUUGGUAAAAAAGUACAAGAAUUCUAAUAAAUCAAUGGUAUAUGAUGGGAUGCUUAAGGAGAUAUAUGAAUUUCUGGCAGAACAAGAAUUGACAAAGGACGAUUUGGCAAUAUUACAACUAGAAGACGCUAUCCCAACAAAGUCAUCCUUCACAAACAGUUCCAAAGUUUAUAUAGAUUUUUUGCCACAUGUUCCUCAAACAUUACUAGAACCCCACAAGUAUCAGAUAAAUGAGAAAUGGGUUCAAGAAAGUAAAAUGAGAAAUUUUUUUGUGAGUAUUGGAUGCAAAGAGACACUGACAUCAGAAGAUCUCAUUUCCGUUCAAGAGAACAUCAAAGAUUUUCACACUUUACAAACAAGAUCAGAUAUUGAGGAGAUUAAAAGAGAUUUAAAAUAUGUGACUGAUAUUUUGGACAUUCUUAAAGACAUGAAAGAAAAAAUAUCCAAAGAAGAGCAGUCACGAAUUUUAUUCCCUGUUCAGACAAAAACCAAACAAUUGGUCUUGAUGCCUGCGUUGCAAUGUACUUACACAGAUGAAAAACACAGUCUUGAAGACAUGGACACUGAAGAAGAAGCUGUUAAACUUCACUUUGUACAUGAAAAUGUCAGGGUUGAUAUUGCAGAGUGUUUCGGUGUCCCUUCUUUAACUCGAAGAGAAAUGGAAAAUGGGGGAAUUGAGGAUCUGGAGUAUGAACAGUGGGGACAGCAAGAAUCACUCACUACAAGAAUCAAGAAUAUUUUGAAGGAUUACUCAGAUGGACCUCUAUUCAAGGAAAUGCUCCAAAAUGCCGAUGAUGCUGGUGCAACCUGCAUGAAAAUACUGUAUGAUGAGAGAAAAAAUGAAGAUGCAAGAACUGGUUUGAUUGACAAAGGAAUGGAAGAGUGUCAGGGACCAGCUCUUUGGUUUUACAAUGAUGCUAAAUUCAAAGAAAAAGACUUUAAGAAUAUCAUUAAACUUGGUGGUGGGACAAAGGAGACCGAGCAUACAAAGAUCGGCAAGUUCGGACUUGGAUUUUGCUCCGUUUAUAGUGUGACUGAUGUACCCAGUAUCGUGAGUGGAAAAUACAUUGUCUUUUUUGAUCCACGAACUAUACAUUUAGGGAAAGCCAUCAAAGACAAAUCUAAGCCUGGUCUACGGAUCCCCAUAUCAAAAAUAGUGAAAAAGUUUAGAAAGCAGUUUAAGCCUUAUGAUAAAAUAUUUCACUGUGAUUUUACUAAAGAGGAUGAAUAUGAAGGAACUCUUUUUCGACUACCUUUGCGCACAGCCAAUCAGGCAUUAGAGGAUCCAAAUGGCAUAUCCACAAAACAGUACAGCAGAGAGGAAGUUAUAUCUGUAGUAAAGAAGUUUAUGGACUCGGCAGGCAAUCUAUUGCUGUUUACUCAAAACGUCAAAAAAAUUGAACUUCAUUUUCUUAAUCAAACUGAUGAACCAGACCAGAAAAAGAUAAUGUACUCGGUUGAAAAAAGCCAGUGUGAAAAUAUAUUUGACCAGAUGAAAGCAGCUGCUUUUAAAGGAGAGGAAGAAUUCAGUCUGACGUUUCAGUUUGACAUAGAAAUACAACUGAAUCCAAAUCUCCCUAAAAUAUUGGAUUCGGAGUUUGAAAACGUGACUGGAUCCUCUUCUAGGUGGAUUGUGUCAUGGGCUGCCUUACAAAUGCUUAAAGAUCUUCAGGGACCUCCUCUAGUCGCCAGUACCGCAAUGCCAUUGACUUUUUCACUUGGAGCAAGUGAACAGCAGAAUGCGCGUUAUGGAUUUUUUAACACAGGGCAUGUGUUUUGUUUUCUACCUCUUCCACAGGAAAGCCAAAUGAAAGUUCAUCUAAAUGGAAAUUUUGCAGUAGAGCAAAGCAGAAAAAGCAUUGUAGCACCUACCUUGUCAGAAAAUGAAGUGACAAUGGCACAACGAAAUUAUUCAUUGAUUUCAAACGUACUGUCAAAAGCUUACCUUAGUAUGUUGGAAAAUGUCAAGCUCUCAUCAUCAGCAAAAUACCACACACUUUGGCCAUUAUCCCAGGAAGGAAAUGUUUUUAAUCCUUUAGUAUCAAAAUUUUAUGCAGAUAUUUGUCAAAAAAAGAUAAAAAUAUUUUUCCGCAAGGGGAAUUCGGGGCAGAAGUUUUCUUUGAAAGAGUGCAAAUUUUUGGACAGUUCUUUGCAAGACAAUGAUGAUUUAGGCAAAACAGCAUAUCAACUUCUUGUCUUGUUUAAUCCGUUCCCUGAAAAUAUAAUGUAUAUGCCAUUUGAAAUCCAGAAGGAAUUUAUGAAGCCCAAUUGUAAACCACAUUUUCUGAAACAAAUAUGCAGUGAAGAGAGUUUUUUCUUGAAUGUAUUUCUGAAAAAUCUUGCAAAGAAUUUCUGGGAAUCUGAUGAAAAGAAAAACAUUCGGAGAAUGCUAUUAAAGCGCAUCUUUGGCAGUGGAAAUAAAAAUGUUUUAUCAAAUAUGACAGACAUCGAGUGUAUCCCCACUAAACCAAAUGGACGUCUUCGAAAGCCCAUCGAAUUGGUUAAUGAACAUUCCCAUUUACUACAUGGCUUGUUCUCUGUUUUGGAUGAAAGGUUUCCAGAAGAUGAACUGCUUGAUGUUAAGAAAACACUGAUAUGCCUUGGGAUGAACAAUGACAGUAUAUCAGAUGAAAUGCUUAUUGAAAGAGUUAACACCAUAAAAUACUUGGAACAGUCAAAUUUUGAACUAGCUAAACAAAGAUGCAAUGUUUUAAUUAUGUACCUCUUGCAAAACUCUGAUUGUAUAAAACAAACAACGUUCGACAAACUUAAAGAUAUUCCAUUUCUCCCUGUUAUGACAAAGCCUAAUGGCUGGCCUUUUAGUUUGUUUUUAACGGAUGUGGAACAAUUUGCAGCUCCUUCUAUGUUAUACAGGAAUAAUUGCAAGUUUUUGAUAGGAAGUGUUAAGGAAAUUCUUGAUGAAUCUGGUUUUAGCUGUUCACAUGACGACAUAUUCUGUAAACUUGCCAUUAAGAGAUGGGAAGAUGUUAACAAAAUAUAUGUUAUAGAGCAACUAAAGAAGAUAGCAGAUAUAGGAAAGGAAAUGCUGAUUAUAAAUGAAGAGGCAGAAAUUUUGAAGAAGAUAUGCAAAAAUGUCUACUGUUUUUUGGAUAAUUAUUGUGUGACAAGAGAACUGGAGAUGUUCCAAAGAUCCCCUUGUAUAUUGAUUUCAGUGGAUGCCAUGACUUCAAAGCUGGUGGAACCAUACUUCGUAUCAUUCAACCCGAAGGAUGAUGUUCCUCCAUAUAUUCAUAAAAUUGAUGAUAACUGGUGUAGUUACCAUAAUUUUUUCAAAUGUGUUGGUGUUCACGACAAAAUAGAACAGGAAUUUAUCAUUGAAAUUUUGAAUGGUAUCAAGAUGGUUGAGGGGAAGAGAGUGGACAAUCUUUCAUCUGUCAUCAAAUUGUACAACUUGAUAAUAAAAAACUCUGGAGAUCUUGGGCUGGAUAGAAUCCUUUUGCCUGACCUUCAUGGUGUAAUGCGGAAACCUAAGGAUAUGUGCUUUGAGGAUGGAAAUGACAUGAUAUCAACAGCAGAUCAUUUGUUUUUUACGCACUCGGACAUUAAAAUUCCAGUAUGUAAACUCUUUAAAGUGGCCUCGAAAAGUGCAAAAUUCAUCAAGAAAUUCUCCUCAGGGGUCUCAUUUGGACAAAAAGAGGAACUUUUCACAAGAUUAAAAAAUAUCCUUAAAGAGUAUCCUUGUGACAUUUCUAUUUUAAAUGAACUUGUUCAGAAUGCAGAUGAUGCACAGGCGACUGAAAUUCAUUUUGUUUAUGACAAGCGGAGCCAUUCAGAAAAAGAAUUAUUUGAUGACUCUAUGAAAUGUCUCCAAGGACCAGCUCUUGUUGUUUACAACAACUCCUGUUUCUCGCAGGAGGAUAUUGAUGGUAUAUCUAAACUAGGUGAAGGAAGCAAAUCUUCCGAUCCAAAUCAAACGGGUCAGUUUGGAAUAGGAUUCAAUGCUGUUUAUCACAUCACAGAUGUCCCAUCUUUUUUGACUAAAGGAACAAAAACUCCAAAUGGUGGAUCCCUUAUAAUGUUUGACCCACAUUGUAAAUAUGUGCCAGACGCCACACCAGAGGACCCUGGAUUGAGAGUUGAUGACCUUAAAUUGAUUGAAGAAAAGUAUUCUGGGGUUUACAAUACUUACUUACAGAAAGAGCUUCCUGCAGACUCAGGAACAUGGUUUCGGCUUCCUUUGCGAACCAAUAAAAUGGCCAGUGCAUCCAAAAUCAGUGAACAGGGAGAAAUUGAGGACAGCCAUAUGUUAGAAAUAUUAGAAUCAUUUCAGAAUGAAAUGUCUAAAUCUCUGCUGUUUUUAAGAAACCUAAAAUGCAUUAAAUUAUCAGAAAUAGAUGAAAGUGGUGAUAUGUUAACCAUUGGUGAAGUUACAGCGUUUGUUAAGGAAGGGGACUCGUAUAGAAUUGAAGAAUUUCAUUUAAAAUGUAAGGAUGCACUUCACUUAAUGCGGGACGGUAAUAUUGAUUUAGGUGCGAAUCCAGGUUUCUCUUGUGAUUAUUGCAUUGAACUAAAGGGAAAGGCCGGAGAAAAGCAAUGGCACGAGGAUUGGGCUAUAUCAAAUGUGUUUGGGACAAUGAAAGAAACUGUUGUUAAAGAUGUUUUAAAAAAGGGCUACAAAAAAAGAAGAAUUAACCUUCUGCCGAGAGCAGGUAUAGCAGCAUGCUUGAGACAAACAACAAAUGAAGACGAUCCAAUAUCUGGAGAGUCUGAAAAUCCUGAUGAAAAUUUGAAUGAAACAAUGCGGGCAUUUUGCUUUUUGCCUUUGCCACAUCCAACUGGUCUUCCUGUUCAUAUCAAUGGUCACUUUGCUCUUGAUUCUAAUCGAACAAAUAUCUGGACAGAGGAUCAGGCGUCCGUAAAGGGCUCUUGGAACGAAUUGAUAUUAAAUGAGGUCUUACCCUUUGCAUACAUUUCUGCCAUACAAUUCCUAAAGCAAUUGUUAUUCUCUGAUAAAUUCUUGCAUAGUGAUUGUGUAAGGCAAUAUAACAAUUUUUUCCCAGUCAUGAAACAUAUCAAAGAUGACAUAUGGAAAAAGACAGUCGGAAUGUUUUACUUGAAAGUGUUGGCAAGUGAAAUCAAUCUUUUUCCUAUGUUGUUUGAUAAAGAGACUUUUGAAUCGAUGAGAAGCACAAAUUGUAUUUCAGCCAAAGGAGCACUUAAGGAUAGAGAAAAUUCAGCUGUUGUGUUUGUUCCAUUAAUAUCUAAACAGCAUCAUUUUCCAGCAUAUUUUGAUAAAUUAAAUGACGAAUCUGAAAACGAAGAAGAAAUUCCUAAUGUUCAAGACCACACAAAUAAAAGUGACUGUCAUGAAAGUUCAUUGAAAAUAUCUCUCAGUCGACAGAAUACCAACCAACUUUCGCAAAUACUGAAAAUGUUAGGCCUGAAACUUUUGAGUUCUUCCUCAGAUAUACUGGAGAGUAUUCAAGAAUCACUGAUAUAUAAGACACAGGACAGUCUUACAAUGCAAAAAUCUUCACCAAAAACAGUGGAAAUUGGGGAUAUUUUUGAUUUUUUGAAGUCAUGGAAUAGCGAACAUGUCGACAAAUGUAGAAUCGACAAUCUCCCAAUUGACAUUAGAGAAACUGUGUUGAAAAAUGUGUCAAAAGUGAAAUUGCUUCUGGCAUUCUGUUUUAAAAAUAGAGAAAAUAAAAAUGACUUAGAAGGGAUUCCAUUGUGCGUGUUGAAUAGUGGUUUAUUGACAUGUUUUUCUAAAUCUUUUCCAAAGAUAGCGUCAAAGUUUUGUCAUCUACUUGAAUGUUCAAAGGACAAAUUUGUUUGCAAAAGCCUGGUAUCAAUCUUUCAAAAUAAAGCUUAUACUGGAGUCAUUCGAUUAACCAUAAAACAUUUUGCUGAACUUUUACAAAAUAACAUAUCCAAUCUCUACUCUAGUAAUGAGCCAGUAGAAUGGAAAGGGGGUAUUAGCAGUCAAUGGCUAAAUGAUUUUUGGGAGUUUCUUUCCACAAAUAAAGAAACUGUUGAGGAUUGCAAAAUGUAUUUGUCGAACUGGUGUCUUGUUCCAACAGAGGACAGAAAAGGACAGAUGUAUCUGUAUCCCUUCCAGUUAGCAUAUGCUGUCAUGAAUAAUAAUAUGAAUUGGAAAGAUGAAAAACUUUUAGGGGUGUUAUCAAAGCUUGGAUUUCCUAAACUUAAAAUAGUAAGAAAGCACAGUAUCGCAGCUCAUUUAUGUGCCUCUGAAUCAACUCCAGAAAACAUUUUGAGUAUGUUUUGUUACCAGAAAAAUCUGUACAAAGGAAGUAUUAACACCUCAGAAGCCAAUCAAGUAUUGUUAUAUCUACUAGCCAAAUUACACAAAGAAGUAAAAGAUCGAGAUUCAGAUAUUCUAAACAAGUUUCGUAAUACAUGCUUGUUUGAAACCCUUGAUGGACAUGUGACUGAUAUUACAAUGAAGAGAGUUUUUACUCUUAUGGAUGAAGACAGUUUUCCUAAAAGUGGCGUUAAUACUUUGUGUGAAGAACUAGGAAUUAUCAUUCUGAAAAGGAAGGAUUUGCUUGAGGAUUUUGAAAUACUAAACAUGUCUCAAGAAGACUUUUAUGCAGACAUUUUCUUAAAAAGUGGAAAUUUGAUUGACAACUCUACUGUUAAAGAACAUGUAGAGCACAUUGUGGAUAAACAGUUAUACCUUGGAAGUCGACAAGAGAAAAUAAAGGAACUGAUUUCAGGAAUAGCAUGGAUAAAAAAUGCGGUUACUGGAGAUCUUCAGAAGGCCAGUGAAUUUUAUUCUCCGCAUUUGGAAGUUUGCAAACUGUUGUGUUCUGAAGAAGAUUUGUUGCCUAAAGAAUUGCACUCUGAAAAAUGGAGAACGUUUUUGGAGAGUUUAGGAAUGAAAACGGUUGUGCCAUUUAAAAUUCUUUUGAAAUUUGGAAGAAAAAUCGAGAGUUUGUGUAUUGCUGACUAUAUAAAUGACGAUAUCGCACACAAGUCGCAGGUUCUCGUGAAGUACAUUUUCAACAAAAUAGAAACAAAUUGCAUUGAAAAGCAAAGUUUUCUGCGAGAGUUUAGAAAAAUCAAAUGCAUUCUUCCAUUCAAAGUGCCUAUGGAGAUUUUAAAAAUUAUACCUCACCUUAACAGGCGGUCUCUUAUUUGUUUUGAAGACUCUGUUUUGUCAACAAUGUGGAAUAUAUCAUGGUCUCGCUGUAACUUGGUUCCAGAGACAACAGUGAAAGUACGUGAUACUGUAGAUUUAGAUAUUCUAGGAGUAAAGUCACAACCAGAUGUAGUCGAUGUGAUAAGCCAUAUUCACAUGCUUUGCUGUUACUUACAGAAUUCAUCAUAUUCUGAAAAAGGUCAACUAAUGAAGAGAAUGUACAAAAACCUAGAAACAUAUCUGGAAAAUUCCACGAAAUCUGCUAAAGAAGAAGUGAAGCGAGGGCUGUCGGAAACACCAUUUAUCUAUCAUAACUCUGUUGAUAGAUUUCUCCGACCAUUUGAAGUUGCUCUAUGUUUAGAAGCUGGAAAAUCUAUUGAUGGUUAUCUCUAUAAAGGACCAGAAAAAUAUGGAAACUUCAAUGAGUUGUUUAGGUUGAUUGGUGUGUGUGACCAACCAGUAUUUUAUCACUACUUGCGUACAUUUAAUUCCCUUCAUGAGAAAAUAUCUUCAAAAAUAAUGACACCAGAAGAGCUAGAUAUAUCUUUGAAAGCUUUCACGGGAUUAUUGGAGUCUCUUAAUUGUGAAAAUUGUGACUUCUCUCAGCUUCCACAUUUGUAUCUGCCUUCAGAAAAUGACAAACUGGUCUUGUCAACAGAUAUUGUUCUGUGUGAUCGUUUGUCUAUAAAACGGAGGAUAGCAGGAAAACAUUCAAUGAUGUUUUUGAAGAGCUGCACAUAUUUAGAAGUUGAUAAUCUUAACAAACUGCCCCCACACUUCAAACCUAAGUUGUUGUCAACGCUUUUUACUGAGCAGGUUGAAAAAGGUCCAGACUGUGAGAAUGAUCCAUUACUGUUUAGGAUAAGUAAAGUUUUCCAUUCAGACGCUUUUUUUAAUGGAGUUUGGAUAUGCGUGCAGCAGAAAGUUGCUCAUUUUCAGAAACAAUCAAUAAAGCAGAAAAUAAGACUGGCAUUUCUGAAUGUACGAAUUCAAACAGUAGAAAUGCUUCGAACGAUCCUGUUUGAAGGCAAUGUUCCAAUUGAAUCAACUGCAGAAGACAAAUCAAUUUAUUAUAAAAGAUCAAAGGAUAAAAUUAUGAUUUACAUCAAAGCAAAACCGAUCAUUUAUUUUGAAAAAUGUUUUGAGGAAUGGAAAGGCAAACUCUGGCAAGUAGUAUGUUUGUGUGCAGAAGGCCUGCUUUCAAUGGGUCAGUUUUCGUUCAUCCAGGAACUGUUGCUUUCCGAAUCAGAUGAUGAAAUAAUGGAAAUCUGUAAGAAACAUGAAAUUGAAUUAGAUGCAGAUAACUGGCUACCAUCUCCAGGGACUAGUAUACCUGUUGGACUGCAUGACACACUUGACAACACGUUUUGCGAAUUUUCGAAAGGAGAAAUUGCUGCAUAUGAAAGAAUUGACCCAUUGGCAGACAUUGAAAGCGAUGACGAUAUCAGAGUGUUUGAAUCAGAGUUUAUAUAUGUUCGUAUACUCGAAAAAGAAGAAUCCACAUCAGAAAUGUUUCCAACAUACAUUGUGUUCGAUGGAGAAAAUGAUGUCAAAGUAUGCUCGGUGCGAUUGUUUAAAUUUGUUCGCAAAAUUGAAAAACAAUCAAAAGAACUUGAACUAUUUAGUGCAGAAAGAAUACAGUUUUCUGAAACUAGCUUGGAUGCAAUUAAAGGCGAUAUAGAACGAAGACUGAAAGCUGCCUGGAAACUGUCCAAAUCUUAUAGAAGGGCUGUUAUCAAAAGGUUAUUACUUCAAUGGCAUCCUGACAAAAACCCAACAAACGUAGAUCAGGCGACAAAAGUGACUCAGUUCAUCCUUGAUGUGAUAGGGAAGUUAGAGCGUGGAGAAAUAGGAGUGGAGAGUUCUUCUGCCGGUUACAGUGCCAGCUCUUCUUAUCAUUAUGGAGCUUCAAAUUAUUGGACUUUCUUUCAAGGAAACGUCAACAGAUGUAACACCAAAAGAAGAAAGAGACACUUUGAUUAUACAAAUAGGGCUUCUGGUGGUAGCUAUACACGGAAUCAACGCCUGCCCAAUCCCCAACCAGCUGUUGGUCUGCAGUGGAUCAAACAAGCCAAAUACGACGUCAUUGCAGCAAAUCAGCAGCUUAUGUCCUGUUCGAACCCAAGGGACAGAAGUGGUGCACAGACUAGUUCACGGAAUGAGGACGCUGUGACUUCAUGGAAUUGGAUUUGUUAUAAAGCUCACCAGUCAUGUGAAAAAGCACUGAAAGCUGCCUUGUACAGCAUGGAUGCUAACGUUGCUUCAGACUACCAGACAUCUCACGACCUGUCAUCCCUGUCGUCUGCUCAUUCAUCAUUGUCAGGAACAUCGUUGUCUGACCUAGCCACAAGGUUCUCCACCGAAAUCACCGGACAACACACCGCGAUGAGGUACCCAACAGGUGGACGUUUACCUGGGGAUUCCUUUACACGUGAACAGGCGGAGAAAGCCGUUGACAUCGCUCAGCAGGUAUUGGAUGAAUGCGAAAACUGUGUUUCUUAAUAGGGUAAAUAUCCAAGUUAUAGACUGAGUGGUAAUGACCUUGUUAAUAGUGUGAAUAUUUGUAUACAUAAUUUCUUUUCAAAAUUCACGGAUGUUGAAAAGCGUUUCAUCAAUGAUAAUCCAAUGUUGGUUUUUGAGGCAAGUCUGUGUUUCUUGUUACACUUAGUUGAAUAAAUAAAAUGAUCUUGAUAUGAAUUCUGUGUAUUUAACUUGUUAUCGGGUCUAAAAAUCUUUUUAAAAAAAACAAUUUAUCAAUGUGAUGGUGUGUUGGAUUUGGGAGGAAAAUUGUGUUUCUUGUUAGGAUUAUAUAUUUGUGUUAAUACUGUGAAAUACAUGUUUAUGAUAUUUGUAUGAAUACCGUGUUUAUAUAGUUAUCAUCUAUGAAAGAUGAAUUUGUGUUGAUUAUAUUUAGUUAUGUGAAGACAUUUUGUCGGUUUUAUAAUAAGGUAUUGCUUUGUUAUAGAGUGUAGAUGGAAAAUAUAUAUAGGUU